AUGAUGUUCUCCCGACCGUUUCCGGCCACGGCGGCCAAUCUCAUUGAGACUAGCCAACUGCGCAGGAGAUAUUAUAGUGCACAAGUGUACGCGCAGACACAACGUGCACUCUCUAUUCCUGUCACUCUCAUAUUCUGGUGGGACGACCACUCGACACGACCAGUGAGAGUUAAGGCGCAGGACCGACGGCUUUACGUGCUCUCCGAGGCACGGGGUGUUAGCGUUCCAGGAUAUGCGGGAGGUCUAUCAGCGUCUUUGCCAGGUGGUGGAAGUUCUGCGGCUGCGUGGGAGAGACUUGGGGCCGAACUCUUGUUAUCUGGCCUAGUAGCUGCCGCAUACUUCGCUGCUAUGGAAAGGAGGUGGACCGGAGCCGCUCCUGCUUUGGUUGGCGCCGCGUACUGUGCUGCUAGCUUUGUUUCUAUGCCGUCACUCAACCCAGCUCGGUCAUUAGGACCUUCCUUCGUCCUCUCUCGUUGGGAGAGUCAUUGGGUGUGCUGGGUUGGGGGUAUCGGUGGGGGCAUAGCGUGUGCUCUUCUCCAUGAAUGGGGUUCUCGAAGGCCUCGAGCAAAUUCCAACUCGCGCGCAUCCUCACCUAGGGAUCUAGAUGAGCUGGACAAGCCCGCGUUCCCCACGCAUCAUCACUACAGGCAUGCUCCAACAUACUGUUCCGCGGCAGCCCCCCGACCAGAUACGACUGAGCCCCUAUACUCCGGGACCAAGUCUUUAUACUGCAGGUCGCCGCCGCCCGCUCGCCACACACUCCACAGGUCACAAUCGGUAUACAGCAAGAGUAGUGGGCCAGCAGGCGCGGUCAGUCAGGCCAACUCCCUCGUAGGAACGCAGUCGUUGCUCCUGCGCCCGCCCACACAUACCGUCACCAUGAACCAAAACGUGCACAACGCUCAGCGUGAGCCCGCGUAUGGCACCACCCCUAACGGCAUCCGGACACUACCUGCUGGUGCAGCAGUGCAAGAGCGCCGCGAGUCCGUGUACGGCGGCAGCGCGGCGGGCGCGGCGGGCGCGCGGCGCGGCCCGCUGUCGUCGGAGGACAGCGCGUACGGCAGCUACGCGCCGCGCGCCUUCCGCCCCGACCACUAC